UGAGGAAUGGUUCCACGGAAGAGGAUGCGUCUUCGCUGACGGCUCUAUUAGCUAGCUAACUAAUACCAACAACAUUGAACAGUGUUGAGAAAUCACGACUCACUUAUGUCGUAUGUGCAGAACAAAUGUUCAAAGCUUGUCAUACAUUCGUUUUUUUAUUGCCUGCCCUCAAGACGCUAGCCUCAAGCCUUUGCUAUACAGAGAGAUUUGUGAUGUAGCAACCAGUAAGUGGGAGCUGGCAACAAUCGAACCAUGGAAGAUGAUUCCCCAACCCUGAAACCCAGGCGCAUCCAGAACCAGAAUGUAGUCCAUCGACUGGAGCGGCGGCGGAUCUUCUCUGGACGGGCUGGAGCCCACUGGUACCGCGUGCGCUGCUUCCACCAGAACCUUUUCCCCAACUUCACUGUGGUCAACGUAGAGAAGCCUCCCUGCUUCCUCCGCAAGUUCUCCCCAGAUGGACGCUGCUUCAUAGCCUUCUCCUCUGACCAGACCUCCCUGGAGAUCUAUGAGUACCAGGGCUGCCAGGCGGCUGAGGAUCUGCUGCUGGGGCAGGAUGGGGAGACCCUGGCCAAUGGCAAUGACCAACGCUCCCUCAACAUCCGCGGCCGCCUCUUUGAACGCUUUUUUUCAUUACUGCACGUCACUAAUGUGGCCUCCAAUGGAGAGCACCUGAACCGAGAGUGCAGCCUAUUCACUGAUGACUGUCGCUAUGUGAUCGUGGGCUCAGCGGUCUAUGUGCCUGAGGAGCCCUCUCCACACUUCUUUGAGGUGUACCGCAACAAUGAGUCUGUGACUCCCAACCCCCGCUCUCCACUGGAGGACUACUCACUGCACAUCAUUGACCUGCACACUGGCCGGCUUUGUGACACCAGGUCCUUCAAGUGUGACAAGAUCAUCCUCUCGCACAACCAGGGACUCUACCUCUACCGUAACAUACUGGCUGUUCUUUCUGUUCAGCAGCAGACAAUCCAUGUCUUUCAGGUGACAUCAGAGGGGACGUUCCUGGACGUGCGAACCAUUGGUCGGUUCUGCUACGAAGACGACCUCCUCACUCUGUCUGCGGUGUAUACUGAGGCCCGGGCCGAGGGCCAGCCAGGCUUCUCCCGCCUCUACAAGGAGAAGACCAUCAACUCCCUGAAGCACAGACUACUGGUCUACCUGUGGAGACGGGCUGAGCAGGACGGCAGCGCCACCGCCAAGCGACGCUUCUUCCAGUUCUUUGACCAGCUGAGACAGCUGAGGAUGUGGAAGAUGCAGCUACUAGAUGAGCACCACCUCUUCAUCAAAUAUACCAGUGAGGACGUGGUCACCCUGCGAGUCACUGACCCCUCUCAGCCCUCGUUCUUUGUAGUGUACAACAUGGUGAGCACAGAGGUGAUGGCAGUCUUUGAGAACACCUCUGACAAACUGCUGGAGCUGUUUGAGAACUUCUGUGACCUGUUCCGGAACGCCACACUCCACAGUGAAGCUGUUCAGUUCCCCUGCUCUGCCUCCAGCAACAACUUUGCACGGCAGGUCCAGAGAAGGUUCAAAGACACCAUAGUGAAUGCAAAGUAUGGCGGUCACACUGAGGCUGUGAGGAGGCUGCUGGGACAGCUGCCCAUUAGUGCUCAGUCCUACAGCAGCAGCCCCUACCUCGAUCUUUCUCUCUUCAGCUACGACGACAAGUGGGUGUCUGUGAUGGAACGGCCCAAAACAUGUGGAGACCACCCCAUCAGACCAUUUCCGGAGACCUUCUCCCUUACCUCACCUCGCUCAUCAACUCAUCCCUGACCGCUGGCUACGUCCCUUCCGUCUUCAAGAGAGCGAGAGUUGCACCCCUUCUGAAAAAACCUACACUCGAUCCCUCCGAUGUCAACAACUACAGACCAGUAUCCCUUCUUUCUUUUCUCUCCAAAACCCUUGAACGUGCCGUCCUUGGCCAGCUCUCCCGCUAUCUCUCUCAGAAUGACCUUCUUGAUCCAAAUCAGUCAGGUUUCAAGACUAGUCAUUCAACUGAGACUGCUCUUCUCUGUAUCACGGAGGCGCUCCGCACUGCUAAAGCUAACUCUCUCUCCUCUGCUCUCAUCCUUCUAGACCUAUCGGCUGCCUUCGAUACUGUGAACCAUCAAUCCUCCUCUCCACCCUCUCCGAGUUGGGCAUCUCCGGCGCGGCCCACGCUUGGAUUGCGUCCUACCUGACAGGUCGCUCCUACCAGGUGUCUGGCAGACAUAUCAGUGUGGAUGACGGAUCACCACCUCAAGCUGAACCUCGGCAAGACGGAGCUGCUCUUCCUCCCGGGGAAGGACUGCCCGUUCCAUGAUCUCGCCAUCACGGUUGACAACUCCAUUGUGUCCUCGUCCCAGAGCGCUAAGAACCUUGGCCUGAUCCUGGACAACACCCUGUCGUUCUCAAAUAACAUCAAGGCGGUGGCCCGUUCCUGUAGGUUCAUGCUCUACAACAUCCGCAGAGUACGACCCUGCCUCACACAGGAAGCGGCGCAGGUCCUAAUCCAGGCACUUGUCAUCUCCCGUCUGGAUUACUGCAACUCGCUGUUGGCUGGGCUCCCUGCCUGUGCCAUUAAAC